AUGUCCACCUCCCACAUCAUCACCAUGGUCGAAGGAAAGAUCAAGGGGAAGGAUCUCCAAUUCGAUAAAAACCUUCCACCGUUUCUACAGAGGCUGCAUGCACAGAAGGGCGGUUUCGGAGAUGCUGACCGCCAUGAGCGUGCCAUAGCGCGUCCGAAAAAGGCCAAAGAUGAGGAAGACGACGAUGGCCCGACGAUGAUUGACGAGACCGGGGAGACUUUGACCAAGGAUGAGUAUAAAAAACUCACUAGAGCCUCACCGACUGCUGCGGAAGAGAGCAACAACGUUGCUACUUCGGCAUCCGAAACACGUCCUGGCAACGAGGAGCCGCCUGCCGCAAAACUAGAUGCCAAGGUCACUAACGGCGCCACGUCCAAGAAGCGAAAGGCAGCAAAGAUCGUUGGCGAGUCCGAGGAGCCCGAGGCUCAGGAUGCAGCCAGCGUCGCUAAAUCUGCUAAGAAGCCAAAGAAGAAAGCGAAAGCGGUCAAACUCGCCUUUGAUGAUACCGAAGAGGGCACGUGA